AUGAAGAAGAAGUACUCCGACACUUUGCCGACUCUUAAGGAAAUGUUCCCAGACUGGAAAGACGAAGAUCUGGUCUUUGCACUUGAAGACUCGAACGGCGAGCUUUUGGAGGCAAUUGAGCGCAUUACUGAAGGUAACGUGUCUCAGUGGGGAGAGGUCAAGAAGAAGACCACAGACCGGACUCGCCCUAAGCCCAAGGAGGCCCCGAUCGCUUCGACCGAGACGACUGCAGCCUCUACCCGCGGAGCCCGUGGACGUGGAGGACUAGAGAGCCGUGGACGUGCCCGCGGAGACCGUGGUCGUGGCGGCCGCGGUGGCCGUGCAGGAGCCGUUACAAAUGGAACUCGCACAGUGCCAGUUGUGGAAACUGCGGCACCUAUUGCUACGCCCGCUGCUACAUCUGAGUCAACCGCCCCUCAGUCAGAGGAAACUACCGCAGACCCCGCAGCUGAGGGCGAUUGGGAGUCGGUUGAACACCCCAAGACUAGUGUGAUUCCUGAAGGCACCAAGAAGGGGUGGGCCAGUCUUUUCGCCAAACCACCCGCUCCUCCAGUGCAGAAGAAGCCUCAGGCUCCUGCGCCCGCUCCUGUUCCUGCCCCUGCUCCUGUCUCCACCGAGAAGCCCGCCGCACCCGAGCCUGUGGCGGAACCGCCUGUCGCUGCGCCCGAACCCGUUGUGCCCGCUGCCUCCCAGAAGACUCCUGUCGCAAAGCCCACCCAACCCGUCAUCCCCGCCAUUCCCAACACCAGUAUCAACCCUCCCAAGGGUGAUCUGACCGAGACGAACCUUGAACAGAUCCCCGAUGUUUCCGCCCCCGCUCCUACCGCAACCGCCGCCAGCACCAUUGGCAGUGGUAUCGAUCCUGUGGCUGCUGCUGCUGCCGCUGGUACUCCCUCCCGCUUCCCUUCCUCCGCCUACCCUCCCAGCGCCACCAAGCAAGGCCGCACCCCUGGUCUUCAGCGCCGUGUCAUGGAGCAACAGCAGGCUGUGGUUAUGCCCGGUAACCACGCUGUGGACCGCGCCGCGGUUCAGUUCGGUAGCAUGGGUCUGAACGGUGACGCCGUGGACAUUGACGAGAACCGCGAGGAGGCCGAGACUCGUGCUCAGCCCCCUCAACACUCUCCCGUUGCUCCCCGUGCCUCUCUUCCUCCUGCUACCCAGGCACCCCAAUCCAUUGAGGGUGGUGCCGCUGGCCGCCCCGCUCCUGGCCUUCCUCCUGUUCCUCAGGCCUCUACCGCUGAUUCCUUCCCUGACUUCACCCGUUACUCUGAGCCUCAGCAGAAGCCCUUCGAUCCCUUCACCCAGCAGGUCAGCCAGCCCCAGCAGCAGAUUCCCGAGCCUUUCGCCAACCAGGCUCCUGUCCAGUCCGCUGCUACCACCGGCAGCGAGUACUCGCCUUUCUACGCCGCCGACCAGCAGCGUUUCCCUUACUACGGCUCCUACGGCUCUUACGGCCAAACCCAGGAUGCCCCCACUGGCCCCCGCGCAGGAGCUGGAUUCGGUGUUUCCGGGGCUGAGGCUCAGCCUCAGAUCCCUACUACGCAGGCUCCCAGCCGCUACGGCCCAAUUGACACCACCAACAGCGGCCACAACACCCCCAACCCUACUGCUCCUGGUAUCUCCCAGCAGACCCCCACUGCUCAGCACAUGCCUGGCCAGACUGCCCAGCAGCACGCGUAUGGCUACGGUUACCCCAACUACUACAACAACCCUCACUACGCUUCUUAUAUGAACCAGAUGACCCCCCAGCAGUACAACAACGGCCGUAACCGUCCCAUGUACGACGAUGCCCGUCGUUACGAGGACCACUACAUGCAGCAGCAACAGCAGCACGGCCAGCAAUACGGCUAUGCUAGCCAGUACGGUCCCUACGGUGGCAAGGCCGGCAUGUACGGCCAGCCCCACGGUGCCUUCUCAUACGACCAGCACUCGUCUUCCCCCGCCAACACCGGUAGCUUCAGCCAGGCUAUGCCCACUCGCGACUCCGUCUACGGCCGUACCGGCUCCGCCCAGCAGUCCGAUAGCCAGUCCACCACCGGUGCCAACUCCUUCGGCGCUGGCAUGUCCGACGUCUUCGGCCGCUCCCAGGGAAGCUUUGGUCAGAACCCCCCUAUCGCUGGUCAACCCCCCGUGGCUGCCGACGAGACCAAGGGCUUCGAAGCCCCCAAGGCCGGCGGUCCUAGCCCCUCCCUCGCCCAGAACCGUCCUGGAUCCGCUACCAACAGCGUUCCUGGACAGCCUCAGGCACAGACUGGCCUGCCCCCUCUUCAGGGCCAGCAGGGCCAGCAGGCCUUUGGUAGCUACCCCCAGCUGAACCCUCAGUACGGUGGCCUUGGUGGACUCGGUCACCAGGGUGCCACCAACCAGACCCACCAGGCUACCGGAUACGGUAACUACGGAGGUGGCUUCGGUAACUACUACGGAAACACUGGACGCGGUGGCUGGGGUGGUAACUACGGCCACUAA